AUGUCACUGGACCAGGACAUCUGCUACCUCUGUAAGGAGGACCUAAGGGACCCCGUGUCCAUCCCUUGUGGACACAUCUUCUGCUCCAUCUGCCUCAAGACCUACUGGGAUCAUGCCGACCACACAGGUCAAUACCUGUGUCCUCAGUGCCGGGUCACCUACAACAAGAGGCCUAACCCGCGCCGCUUGCAGUCAUCCCGCAGCUCCUCCAGCCUCAGACACUCGGAACCGUCCCCACCAGCCCCUCCGUCACCUGACUACAACUACGCAGGCCCCAGGGACGUGGCCUGCGACAUCUGCAUCGGCAAGAAGCUCAAAGCUGUCAAAUCGUGCCUGAUGUGUCUGGCCUCAUACUGCGAGAAGCACCUGAAGCCCCACUAUGAGUCAGCCACCUUCAAGAGGCACAAGCUGGUGGACGAGAUCGGCCACCUGGACCGCCAAAUCUGCCCGCAGCACCAGAAGGGUCUGGAGCUCUACUGCCGAACCGACCAGAUGUGCAUCUGCGUGCUGUGCACCGUCAAGGAGCACAAGGGCCAUGACAUGGUGUCAGCUGAGCAGGAGCGCGCCGACAUGCAGCAACGUCUGGGUGCCACGCAGGCUGAGAUUCAGGAGAAGAUCCAUGACAGAGUGAAACAGAUGGAGGAGCUGAAGCAAGCUGUGGAUGCACUGAAGAGUUCAGCGCAGCGAGCAUUGCAGGAGUGUGAAAAGCUUUUUGGAGACAUGCUGCACAGCAUCGAGAGGAUGCAGCAGGAAAUGGCCAAGCUGAUCUCGUCCAACAAGAAGAUGGCACUGAACACAGCUGAGGGCCACAUGGAGCGCCUGGGCCAGGAGAUCGCUGACCUGAAGAGGCGAGACAACGAGCUGACCCACCUUUCGCGCACUGAGGACCACAUCCACUUCAUCCAGAGUUACCACAUGCUGUUAGCUCAGACAGACGCUGAGGAGCUGCCUUCGGUCAGUGUGAACCCCUACUUUUCCUUUGGCUCCGUCACCAAGACUGUCUCGGAGCUGAAACAGCAUCUAAAUGAGUACAGCAAUGAGGAGCUGGUCAAGGUGGCCACCACAGUGAACAAAAUGCCCUUCUGUCAGCUGGACGACCGAAAGAAGAGGAAGACCAUGAAGUCUGAUGAAGUUGACGUGUACAAGACUCGAAGCCUAAACUCUGCCCCCCGCAGCCUGGCACCGCGCAGCCGGGACGAACUUCUCCAGUAUGCCUGUCAGCUAACUCUAGACCCGAACACAGCAUACAGACAGCUGUACCUGUCCCGAGGCAACAGGAAAGCAGCCCUGAAGAGAGAUCCUCAAUCCUACAGUGACAGCGCCCAAAGAUUUGAUUGCCUCCCACAAGUUUUGUGCAAAGAGGCCCUGUCUGGUGGGGCCUACUACUGGGAGGUGGAGUGGAGCGGGGAGGGAGCCUCCAUAGGCAUCACCUACAAAGGCAUCAAGAGGACAGGCUAUGGGGACUCAGCCAGAAUUGGCUACAACCGCAAAUCCUGGAGCCUCUUCUGCUCCGACUCCAGCUACUCAGCCCGCCACAGCAAAGACCAGGUGGAGGUCAAUGCUCCCUACUCUUCCCGCAUUGGGGUUUUCCUGGACUAUGAUGGCGGCACUCUCUCCUUCUACAACGCCUCUGAGUCCAUGUCACUUAUCCACCAGUUCAAAGCCUCUUUCAGUGAGCCAGUCUAUCCUGGCUUCUGGGUGUGGUACGAGUCGGCCAUCACUAUUUGCCAGCUGUAGAACUGUUGUGUUUUGGUGCUAGAGUUGUUCAAGGGUAUAUUUUAUUUUUUGAUAAUUAGGAGGCAUAUGAAAUUAUUCCAAUACAGAAUUUAAAAAGUUUUGUAGAAACUAAUUUUAAACAAAAUCCCUCAUUUAUACAAAAUCCCUGUAUGUGAAGUUAUUUACAGUAUGAUAUCUGGUUGAAGUACCUGUAUUGUGAUGAUAUGAACACUGGUUUACUUUUAGUAUAUUUUCAGAUGCAAUGUAUAUCUGUCUGUAUAUGUCUGUCCCAAGUGUAAUCAUAAUUUGCAUACUAAGUAACACUGUGUUUUUGUGAACAUGAAGAGAGCUAAUGAUCAGAAUGUACAGUAUCUAUAUAUUCAGAAUUUUGUGUUUACGUAUGAAAAAAUCAAUAAAGUUUAUAUUUGAAU